AAGAAAAUUAAUCCAAGUGUACGUCUACCAUCCUCUAGGCUCUAGGCUAGCCAUAUGGGUAUUACUACUGCAAGUGAAGCACAAGGAGAGCAUCAAGAGACAGCAUGUCUCCUUACAAAUUCUGAUUCAUCCGAUGUCGAUAGCUCUCGGGAACUCUCUAAAAGAACAGGGACGCUGUGGACUGCAACGGCGCACAUAAUAACGGGAGUAAUAGGGGCAGGAGUGCUGUCUCUUGCAUGGAGCACAGCCCAGCUGGGAUGGAUUGCAGGUCCGCUCUCCAUCAUCAUCUUUGCUCUCAUAACCCUUCUUUCCACCCUCUUCCUCUGCGACUGCUACACCCCCACCUCCCCCGAUGCUGAUGCUGAAUUUGGUCGUCCUAUCAGAAUUCCUUCCCUCACUGAAGCCGUCAAAUUCUACUUGGGAGAGAAGAGGCGACGGAUAUGUGUACUUUUCGCGGUAGAGAGUUUAUGUGGCUCUGGUAUUGCAUAUACCAUCACGGCAACUGAAAGUGUUAGUGCAAUACAGAAGUCAAACUGCUACCACAGAGAAGGGCACCAUGCCAACUGCGGGCAUGAUAAUUCUACUUUCAUGCUAAUGUUUGGGGCGGUUCAAAUUGUAAUGUCUCAGAUACCAAAUUUCCAUAACAUGACUUGGCUGUCUGUCAUUGCCGCUGUUAUGUCCUCCUGCUAUGCUUUCAUUGGAUUAGCACUUGGCCUCGCAAAAGUUAUUGAAAACGGGAAGUUCUUGGGCAGCAUUAGUGGAGUUCCAGCUGAUAGCCUGGCGGAAAAGUUAUGGUCAGUUUUUCAGGCGCUUGGAGACAUAGCUUUUGCCUAUCCCUAUUCAGUGAUUGUUCUGGAGAUACAGGACACUUUGAAGUCACCCCCACCUGAAAGCCAGACGAUGAAAAGGGCCUCAACGGCUUCGAUCAUCAUUACCACUUUCUUCUAUCUCUCUUGCGGAUGCUUUGGAUAUGCAGCAUUUGGAGACAAAACGCCAGGAAACCUCUUGACAGGAUUUGGCUUCUACGAGCCGUAUUGGCUUGUUGACUUCGCGAACGCUUGCAUUAUUUUGCACCUCGUUGGAGGGUUUCAGGUAUACAGCCAACCUAUAUUUGCACUAGUUGAAAAAUGGUUCAACACAAAAUUCCCAGACAGUGCAAGUGCAAACAAUUUGGAUGUGAAGCUCCCAUUUUUGCCGGCUUUUCAGUUGAAUAUCUUCAGGCUAUGGUUCCGAACGGUGUAUGUGGCAUCCGUCACUGGAAUAGCAAUGCUAUUUCCUUACUUCAAUCAAGUCUUGGGAUUGCUGGGAGCCUUGAACUUUUGGUCUCUGGGCAUUUACUUCCCCGUGGAAAUGUACAUCGUGCGAAGAAAUAUUGGCGCUUGGACCAGAAAAUGGAUUGUUCUUGAGGUUUUCAGCUGCUUGUGCUUGGUCAUUUCAAUAGUGGGCUUGAUUGGGUCAGUGCAAGGACUCAUAAGUGCUAAACUAAGCUGAAAGCAUACCACACUACUAAUAUACUGCUCCUACUAAAAAGGCCCACACCUUUUCCCCUUUGGUUCAUUUAUGUUUCUUCUUCUUCUUUUUUUUUUUUUUUGAAAUUCUGAAUGUAAAUUUAAAGAGCAGCAUUAGGUUAGGAUGAAAUUGUCUGUUCUGUGACGUCAUCUACCAAUAAUAGACAAGAAAAUAGUG